AUGCUGAAGGAAGCGGCUACUGUCAUCAGCAUCAAUUCUGGCAUUAGUGCUUGCGCACGAGGUGCCCUUUGGGAUCGCGCUCUACACCUCCUGGAGCAGCAUUUUUUGCAGCCCACCCGAUCUACGCUGCAGCCCACGCUGGUGAGCUUCAACUCAGCUCUGAGCGCUUGUGCCAGCUGCCAGCGAUGGCGAGAAGUUCUCGGCAUUCUGCGCAGCCUGCGAAGGCGUGGCUUGCUGCCAGAUGCAAUUUCUCUCAACGCUGCAGCCGGUGCACUGGAGCAUCAGGGAUGCUGGGUUAGUGCAUCUGCGCUUUUGGCAGAAGCGCAGGACCAGGCCGAUCGGCUUUUGGGCCCAGAGGUUGUCACCGUCAGCACGGCUGUGGACGCAUCCGAGAGGCACAGGCGCGCAUCUCGUGUCGCGGGCUUGCUUUGCCAAGUGGGUCAUGCUGUACCAAACAACUUGAGAGCA